AUGUUGUCGAGGAACUCUGCACGCGCUGCCCAGCGCAUGCUCAGGGCGGCCGCUCAGCCCUCACAGCGCUUGAACUUGGCCCGUGGUUUCGCCAGCGUCAGCGAUGCUCCGUCCCAGACCGUUCAAUCCGAUAUCUUCAAGCCUACAAAGUACGGCGGCAAGUACACGGUGACGCUCAUUCCCGGAGAUGGUAUCGGCGCCGAGGUUGCCGAGAGCGUGAAGACCAUUUUCAAGGCCGACAAUGUGCCCAUCACAUGGGAGCAGAUCGAGGUAUCCGGUCUGUCAGACGCAACGCCGGCUGGCCGCACAGAGGAGGCGUUCCAAGAGGCCGUCGCAUCUCUUAGGCGAAACAAGCUCGGCCUCAAGGGCAUUCUGCACACGCCUAUUAGCCGGUCCGGCCACCAGAGCUUCAACGUGGCCAUGCGCCAGGAGCUCGACAUCUACGCCUCCAUCUCCCUGGUCAAGAACAUCCCCGGCCUCAAGACACGCCACCAGAACGUCGAUCUGUGCAUCAUCCGCGAGAACACCGAGGGUGAAUACAGCGGUCUCGAGCACCAGAGCGUCCCCGGCGUCGUCGAGUCGCUCAAGAUCAUCACGCGGACCAAGUCUGAGCGCAUCGCCAAGUUUGCCUUCAGCUUCGCCCUCGCCAACAACCGCAAGAAGGUUACUUGCAUCCACAAGGCCAACAUCAUGAAGCUGGCCGACGGCCUCUUCCGCGACACUUUCAAUAGGCUGGGCAAGGACUAUCCCCAGCUCCAAUGCAACGACAUGAUUGUCGACAACGCCUCGAUGCAGUGCGUCAGCAGGCCGCAGCAGUUCGACGUCAUGGUCAUGCCCAACCUGUACGGCGGUAUCCUGUCCAACAUUGCUGCCGCACUUGUCGGCGGCCCGGGUGUUGUCCCCGGUUGCAACAUGGGCCGUGAUGUCGCCGUCUUCGAGCCCGGUUGCAGACACGUCGGUCUCGACAUCAAGGGCAAGGACCAGGCCAACCCUACCGCCCUCCUUCUCAGCGGCACCAUGCUGCUCCGCCACCUCGGCCUGGAUGACCAUGCCAACCGCAUUUCCAACGCAGUCUACGAUGUCAUUGCCCAAGGCCCUCACAGCAAGGUCCGGACCCGCGACAUGGGCGGCGAGGCCACCAACAACGAGUUCACCCGGGCAAUCCUCGAGGCUAUGGAGAAGGCGCUCUAA